AAAGGCAGAAGGGGAUGAUAGGAUAGAUGAUGAAAAAGAUAUAGAUAAAGACUUUACCAGAGAAAUAGUGAAUAAUGUGGCAAAAGUCUUAUUUCAUGAUAUAAUUUAUCCAACCAAGGACGAAUUUCGCGAGGCAUUGAGAAAUAUUUAG